CUCCGCGACGAGGCUUGGCCUGAAGCAAGCAGGCGAAGGAGGCACUCAAAUUGGGUGAAAGAGUGGCUGCGAAGCGUUCAGCGUUCGACACAACCUCCUGCUGCAGAGGAACCGAGACGGGGCGCAAAGUAACGUAGAAUUCAAGAACCGUCUCGCCAUGUACUCCUCCGGCCACCACGCAGCCAUGGGGCCUCCUUCUCGACGGCAGCAUCAGCACCAGCGGCAGCGGCAGCACCAGCCGAGUGACACCUUAUCGGCAGAUGAAAUGGACACCUCCCCGGACAUCUCUCCCCGCAGGGUUGACGGCCUCGGCGGGGCGAAGCGUUGGCCUCCCGCGGAGGAACACGGGGACGUCGCAGCUGGGGUGUUCGAGAACGGGGAAUACCUGCCCUCCGCGAUGGACACUACGCAACCCUGCUACCACGCCGUCUGUGCUAGGGAUAAGCUGGGCGUUCGCUACCGAGGGCAAGGCCACCACGAGCAGGACUGGGGCACCGUGCGUGCGAACCACCCCCUCCCCCGGCACCAGCGGAUGUGGUACUUCGAGGCCACCAUCGCCGCCCAGGGCGAGAACUGCUGCAUCACGCUCGGUCUCAUCCCCGCGUCCUUCCCCAUGAACCGGCAGCCUGGCACCGAGGGCGGUUCGUACGGCCUGGAGGGCAACGGGAAAGUCUUUUCGGGGAGUGGCGUCGGGCAGACCUUCGGGGACCCGUUCUGCACCGGGGACACGGUGGGCCUAGGCGUCAACUUCAAGAAGAUGGAGGGGUUCCUGACCCACAACGGCCGGCUCCUGGGAUCUGCCUUUCCGGCCAUCCGGUCCGCCCUCGACGUGCACGGCCUGUACCCCUGCGUGGGCCUUCACAGCAGGGGCGAGGCCGUGCACCUAAACUUCGGGCGGCGGCCGUACCUGUUCAACGUGUCGGCGAGCGUGGCCAAGGAGGACUACCGGGAGCAGGCGGCGGUGGCGGCGGUGCCCGUGUGCCCGGUGCUGCUGAGGUCUCUCGUCCGCGACUACCUCCUGCACCAGGGCUGCGAGAAGACCCUGAAGAGCCUGGACGAAGCCGACAAGGGCGGCGCCGCUAAGGUCACCGCUGCCGCCACCGCCGGUAGCAAUGCCCGGAAAGCAUCGGAUGCCGCCGCCGCCGCCGCCGCGUCCGCCUCCGCCGAGCCUCCCCCGCCCUCGCUCCCGGCCCUUGCCGCCGGCGCUUCUUCUUUUUCUUCUUCCGCUUCUUCCGCUCGGAACGCCGCCGCGCCCGCGGCGAGGAAGGCGGCCGGCUCCCCGCCGUCUCCUCCUCCUCCCCCAAACGGCAGCGGUCCCGCCGCCGCCGCCGGUGUCGGCGGUAGCCGCGGUGGUGCCGGCCACGGCGGCAGCAGUAGUCGCGUAUUCCGAUCGGCUCAGCAGCAGCAGCAGCAGCCAGGCAGUGAUGGUGCGUGGGCAGCGCCGACAUCGUGGGUGCCGGUGGCUGGGAGGGGGGGGGGCGGGUCGGCCCCCCCCGCAGACGAGAUGGAGGUGGAGGAGGUGAGAGGGCAAGAGGCAGGUGGAGCAGCAGGUGGGGUAGAAGAGCGCCAAGCUCUGGAGCUGUCACUGCUGGGCGCGCAGCAGGGGCGACGCGGGGAGCACGAAAACAGGGGGGGUGGGGGCGGCGGCGCCGGGGGGAUAGGGGGGUCGGUGGAUGAGGUCGCGAGGAGAGACUUCCUCCGCAACCUGGAGCUGCUCCGGGGGCAGGCGGGGGGCGCCGUGUUUGUGUUGGGCGGGAGGGAUGGGGGGGGCGCGGGCGAAGACCACGAAGAAGUUUUCGACGACGACGACGACGAGGAGGAGGAGGAGGAGGAGGAGGAGGAGGAAGAAGAGGAGGAGGGAGACAGUGAUGCGGAGGAAGACGAAGAAGACCUCAUGAUGUCGGAAGAAGACGAGAACAUAGACGACGACGACGAGGAGGAGGAGGAGGAGGAGGAGGAGGAGGAGGAGGAAGGGGACGAAGACCACGACAUCCAAGAGAUGAUGCAGCACGACAGCCUGCCGGUCCCAGACGUCAUCAACCCGUGGAUUCAGCCGCCGGAGCCCCCGCGCCGAGAGCCCGUGAUGCCGGUGCCGGUGACGGACCUCCUCGCGGACGGGGGGGGCGGCAGGGCGGCGGGCCGCGGCGGCAAGUCUCGAGCCGUCGCCCUCGCAGCCACGCUGUCCUUCAGGACGAGACUGAGGCGAGAGAUUCUGUCCGGGAACAUAAGGGCCGCAACGGCGAUGCUGCAGAAGGAGCGCCCGGGGCUGCUGGAGAAGCGAGCGGACGUUAGGUUCGCUCUCAAGUGUCAGGAGUUCAUCGAGCUCGUCAAAAAGGGGGAGGUCACUGCCGCGGUGUCGUUGGCUCAGCGGGAUUUGUCAAGGUUCAGGGACUCCCCUCGAACCCGCUCCGACUCGCCCUCCUCCUUCUCUUCUUGCUCCUCCGCCCCUUCCCCGAACGGGUCCCCGUCCCGCAACGGCCACCACCUCGACAACAACGAGGCGGGCGGCGGCGACGGCGGCAACAGCGCACCAACAAACUCUUGUGCUUCUUCGCCGGCUGCAUCAGCAACGACGGCCGGGUUCGGUCAGGCCGCAGGAGCCGGCACAAGGUGGGGGGCAUCAUCAGCAACCGCGAGGUCGGGGGGAGUCAACACUCGAGGCGCCGCGCAGAGGCGAGGGAGCCCCGGGACUCGCGGCGGGGGGGGUAGGAGGCCCGGAGGGGGGGCGAGAUCGAGGGCGGCGGCGGGUGGUAGCGGUAGGGGCAACGGCAACGAGGGGGGCGAGUCGGAGGAGGAGAGGGGAGAGGCGGCGGCGGCGGCGGCGGCUGCGGGGCGCAGGACCCGCAAGCGCAGAAGUCGCAGCUACGACCCGGUAAAGACCUCGGAGGAUCGUGCCAACCCGGAGGAAUUCAACUCGGGCAAUCAGGCGUGCGCCAGCCCGGACAGGGGGGGUGCCUUCGGUGAAGGGUAUCGGGGGCCCGCAGAUUUUGCCCGGAGGGGGGGAUUCCCGUCGACGUUAUUCGGCGGCGCCCCGUCCGUGUACGACUCUAAGCUUUUGGCGGUGAUGGGGUUGUUGGCGUACAGCGAUCCCGCCGCCAGCCCUUUGGGUUAUCUUGUCUCCGGCCUGCAGAAUCAGGCAAUCGCGGACAAGGUUAAUGACGCCGUCUUAGCGGCGGACGCACUGACGCGUCGCAGUAACCCGGAUAGAAACAGCAGCACCAAUCAGCGUUCGCGCACCGCUUCUUCGAUCGGAGGGGCUUCGUCCAAUGAGACCGGCAACGGUAGCGGGGGCACUGCUCAAGCGGCAGCGGCGGCGGUGCCGACAUCGGGACUGGAGUUCGCUGUGCGGCAUCUCCUCGCAACCCGGCAGGCGUCACGAGAGACUCUCGGAAAUGGAGUACAGGCGGCCAUUCACCCCCCUCUCUUUCUCUAGAAAAUGGGGCAAAUGUAUUUGCUUCUAGCUUUUUGUGCAGUUUGCUGUUUCUUUUCUCGAGUGUUUUCUGGGUGCCGGCCACUUUCCGGCGAAAAACAAGCGUGUCUUGAGCUGCGCCAGUCUUUCAUCUAGUUUCUCGGGAAAUUGCCCACGUGGAGUUGCAGGUUCGCUUACAUAGCAAUAGUUCAACUACAGGAAACACGCAACGUUGUGGAGAGCGAUCUAUCUCAUCCGUCCCCGUGACGGCCUUGUUGCUUGUACAUGCGGAAAGUGCGUCCGCCGGAAUCUAGGGGGUCUGUCAAGCACCUUUGCUUCUUGGCGGGAAAAAGCGUGGGCUCGAACCUUGACAGGAAACCUCGCUCAAGAGUCUGUUUAACCUUGAAUGUGUGAGAUCGGAAGCGUGUUGCAGCACUCAGUCAGCCCGUUAUUUUAAAGCAGCACUCGAAGUGGUAAGCAGCAGUCAGUCCCGUUGAACCUUGGAACGUGUUUGAAGCAGCUCAGUCUGUUGAACCUUGGAAAGGCGGCCAGGUACCUUCGAACGCGUGUUGGCAGCAGCACCCAGGGCGCUCGUGAGUGGGCGCUCAUGCUUCUAAUAACGGUGCUCGCAACGGGUUGCUCGCCGUCUGGACUGUGGCGAGGUUGAUCAAGAUGUGGACAACGAAAAAUGGCGCAUAGGUAGCCAUUCCAUUCCUUUUGCGUAAGUGGGCUAUUUACACGGGUGCGUGCGUCGAUGCGUUAUCAUCCUGGGUGGAGGAGUAGGGCAGGCGGUUCGCACGAUAGGGAGGAGGGGAGAGGGAGGGGGCCUGUGGUUGAGUGGUCGUCUCGAGAUUGCUCACCUGGUAGUCAAGAAGAAGGUUGACCUAGACAGCACACAGUACGAUGGAAAAAAGUGGCAGCAGGCAGCAGUUUUGUCGUCAAACAUCUCGUGUUGUCCUCACAGAAAGUUACGUCGAGGGUUGGGGGUGUGUGGAGAGGGUAACAAGUCGUUUAUACAUAUUUGUGCCCCAAGUGUUAGGAUGUACGUAACAGCAGUCACGGAGUAGCCUUCUUCUCCGUUAAUUUCUUGUCGUCGUCAAGAGGCCAAGGGAGGAAGGGGGUGUUGUUGUGUGGUGGUUGGUGUGGUGACCAUUUUUUUUUCCGGUUUAACGUUUUCUUGAAACGAGUGUUGUGUUUUCUCUCUUUCUCUUUUUUUUUUUUUUGCGCGAAAGACGAGUGGAUGUGGAGAUGAAAGAAAUAAGGGUGUUCAGCGUUUUGCUGAUGGAUGUUCAAGGCAUGCAUGUUAAUAGGCGGGGGCUAGGGGGGUACGCGUGUGUCUAUUUUGGCGGAGCAGGGGGGGCGGGGGAGAUGGGGGGAGGGGGGGGGCGUACUCUUAUGCUUUGCAUGCCUUAGCGGUUAGACCAUUGACCACGCGUCCUCGAGAGGACGGAGCAUUCAUUGUUCCCACAGGACCGACCACCGAUGGCCAAUCGUUCAAAUUUUGUUAAAACGAUAUUGCAGACUGCACACCGGGGCUCCUCCGGCAAGGUGCAGUUGGCGGAUUAUUGUUGGGCUCGUUGACUGCCAGUAUGUUUUUGCGCGGUACGUAUGUAUCAGCCUCCACUUGGAGCUGACAAAGCUGUGACGCGGAGAUAGAUCAAAUAUUGGGUCGGUCAGGAGGGGGAUUUGCUUUUGGGAGUGGAGUAGAGGAAGGAACUGUGACUUAUUCUGAAGGAAUCGAUGUGCGUGGUGCAUAAGACGGAUGUGGUGCUUGAUAUGGGAUCACUUCUAGCUGGCUGGCAGCGCCGUGUUGAUAUGGCGGUGCAGGACGCGUGUGAAGAUUUGAUCGUGAAAGGCGAUCGAUGCGGUGACGGGGUGGCGGCGCCAACAGCGGGGAUGUCAUGGUCUUCUGGUCAACGUUUAGAAAAUUCACAACCUAUUUAAACCACCCACAACCUGUUGUGCUCUGAUGAUGAACUCCAUUGUUGUUGCUGUUGUUUUGGUCUCCGUCGUGGUCUUCUACACACACACACAUGUUGCAUACCACGACCCUGUACAAGACGUUUGUUUUGAUUUUCUGCUCCUUUCUUUGCUGGUGCGAAAAAAAUUCGAUGGCGUCGACACCAACCAUCCGAGAAAACGAGAGGGGGGAGCGAGAGAGCACCACCGCGAGAGUUUUUUCGUUGGUGGACGGAGUGGCUGUUGUGACGGGGAGCAGUUCACGGGAGGGAAUGAACGGCGAUAAUAUUUCCUCCGAUGGGGUGGCGAGGGUCACUAUCAACAGCUUGGAACG